AGGCCCUACGAGUGUGGCGAGUGUGGGAAGAGCUUUAGCCAUAGCUCCAGCCUGAUCCAGCACCAGAGGAUCCACACAGGGGAGAAGCCCUAUGAGUGUGGGGAGUGUGGUAAGAGCUUUACCCACAGCUACAGCCUGACCCAGCACCAGAGGACCCACACAGGGGAGAGGCCCUACGAGUGUUCUGAGUGUGGGAAAAGGUUUCAGAUCAGAGCCUAUCUCUUGAAGCACUAUCCGGUUCACAGAGAGGAGAGGCCCUUCUGCUGCCCCGACUGCGGAAAGGGAUUCAGGAGCAACUCUACCCUCAUCCAGCAUCGCCGCAUCCACACAGGGGAGAGGCCCUACGAGUGUGGGGAGUGUGGAAAGAGCUUCAUCCUGAACUCCCACCUGAUCCAGCACCAGAGGAUUCACACCGGGGAGAGGCCCUACGAGUGUUCUGAGUGUGGGAAGAGGUUUCAGACCAGCUCCUGUCUCCUCCGGCACUAUCACAGUCACACAGAGGAGAGACCCUUCCACUGCACCGACUGCGGGAAGGGAUUCAAGGGCAACUCAGAGCUCGUCAAGCACCAGAGGAUCCACACGGGGGAGAGGCCCUACGAGUGUCCCCAGUGUGGGAAGAGAUUCUCACAGAGCUCUAACCUGAUCCAACACCAACGGAGGCACCAGUAAGGGAAGCCCUUCGAGUGCCCCGAGUGCGAGAAGAGCUAAACUCCAUCCCCCACGGGAGGAGCCACACUGGGCACGGCCCUGGUGACCCACAUUCCCUGUGAUCCAUGCUGGGAAUUUUCCUAGUGUGACAUUAUGAUGCUGGUAUCCCCAGUCGUGUGUUCUGUUUUUGUUUGAUAUUAUGUUCUGUGCUUUCAGAACUGACUCUGAAAGUGAAG